UCAGACCGAGGGCCCUGAAUUCCACUCGGAGGGAAAGGCCCGCGUUCCUCGGAGAGCCCUGCCGUCCGGGUUCUCAACUUUCAUUCCUUCAAAUCGUAUUUCCAGAGAAACUCCAAGGAAAUGCAAGCAAUAACUUACAAGACGAGAUAUCCUACAUUAUUGCAAUAGAUGAGAAACCGUAUAUAGUGCACCUACAGCCAAGAUAUUUCCUAGCAAAGGAUUUUAUGGUUUAUUCCUACAGUCAAGGUAUUAUGAAUUCUCAAUCUUCAGGUAUUCAGUCUGAAUGCUACUAUCAUGGAUAUGUCGAAGGACAUCUGAAUUCUCUUGCCAUACUCAGCACAUGCUCUGGACUGAGAGGAAUACUCCACUUUGGAAAUGUUUCAUAUGGAAUCGAGCCUCUGGAUUCUACAGUUGAAUUUCAGCAUGUUCUUUAUCAAUUGGGGGAUGAAAAUAGUGAACUUGGAAUUCUUACCAAAAAUAGCAGAAGCAUGGAAAAAUACGCAGUGGGCUACAACAUUUUUAUAAGUGAAAAAUCAGAAACACCUGUUCCAGACUUACUUCCUCUUUAUCUAGAAAUGUAUAUCGUGGUGGACAAAGCCUUGUAUGAUUACUUGGGCUCCGAUAGUGUGACCAUAACAAACAAAGUCAUUGAAAUGAUCAACAUUGUAAAUUCAAUGUUUGCACAACUUAAUGUGAUGAUUGUGUUGUCAUCACUGGAAUUGUGGUCAGAUACAAAUAAGAUAUCUACAGAUGGCGAGGCGGAUGAAUUACUGUACAAGUUUUUGGAAUGGAAACAGUCUCAUCUUAGUCUAAAACCUCAUGAUGUUGCCUUUCUAUUCAUUUACAGAGAUUAUCCAGACUAUGUGGCAGCAACAUUUCCUGAAAAGAUGUGUUUUAUUCCUUAUUCUGCGGGAAUUGCACUGUAUCCCAAGGGCAUGACUUUAGAGACAUUUGCAGUUAUUGUCACCCAGAUGCUUGGACUCAGUCUGGGAAUAGCAUAUGAUGAUCCAGUGAAAUGCCAGUGUUCAGAAGCCAUCUGUAUAAUGAACCUGGAAGCGAUGCAAUCUGGUGGUGUGAAGACUUUCAGCAGUUGUAGUUUGAGUGACUUUCAACGCUUCAUUUCAAAAGUGGGUGUUGGAUGUCUUCAGAAUAAGCCACAGAUGCAAAGAGGCCAACGCUGUGGCAAUGGCAUAAGGGAGGGCAACGAAUUCUGUGAUUGUGGUACCAUACAGCAAUGUGGAAUUUAUAACUGCUGUGAUCAUGAAACCUGUCAGAUGAAAAUAUCAUCACAGUGUCUUGGAGGACCAUGCUGCCAUUUCUGUUUAUUUUCAGGAGCAAAUGUUGUAUGCAGGGCCAAAAAAGACCCUGAGUGUGAUGUGGAGGAGUAUUGUACUGGAGUUUCACCACGCUGCCCGGGGGACGUAUACAUCCGAAACGGGCACCUGUGCAAGAGCAACAAGCACAUGUGCUACAAUGGGUUUUGCAUUGAUCUUGAUUCACGUUGUGAGCAGAAUUUUGGAAAAGGCUCAAGAAAUGCUCCAUUUCUUUGCUAUAAGGAAAUACAUUCUCAAAUAGAUAGAUUUGGAAACUGUGGUUCAAGAGAUGGCAUAAUGACAUAUUGUGGAUGGAGGAAUUCUAUGUGUGGAAGAUUAGUUUGUACUUUUCCAACUCGAAAGCCUUAUAUUCGCACCAAUGCUACUGCAAUUUAUGUUCGAGUAAAAAAUUAUACAUGUAUAACUGCAGACUUCAAUAGGUAUGGGGACUUUGUGAGUGCAGAUACAUUUAGGAUUCCAGAUGGCAGUGAAUGUGAUACUGAGAGGAUCUGUAUAAAUUAUUCCUGUGUAGAAAUAGGAGAUCUUAAGUCCUCAGCAGAAUCUUGUAAAGGAAGGUGCUCUGGACAUGGGCUGUGUAAUAGCCAAGGUACGUGUUACUGUCAGCGCGGUUACCGCCCUCCCUACUGCCAAGGCGUGCCCUUCUUCAGGUCUGCCCUGUGGGAUAUCAACAGAUAUUUAAUCGGUGCUUCAGAGAAGGCAGACGCUAACUGGCUUCUAAGUUUCUACAUCGGUUUAUCCAUUCUUAUCAUAGUGACCCUAGUAGUCAUAGCGUGGAACAGACUGAAAACAAUGUUCACCAAGGAAGAGGAAUCCCUUAGUACAGAGAACUAGGAAUUCCUUCAGAAGGCAAUGGAUACUAUUGAAAUCUCACUUAGAAAUGAAGAUUCUACCUUUCCAGGCUUAGUUACAGUAGAAAAACAUCAAUAAACGAUGUGGCCUCAUUUAAAUGCCAUUAUGUCUGUUUUUC